AUGAAACGCAACUACUGGGGAAAGAUGGUGGACGGUGCCGACACCUGCAAGGAAUUGGGAGCAAACGAUAUUGUGCUCACCAUGAGCAAGAUGGACAAAUUCCAGCAGAUUAAGCUUCCCUACACGAUCACUAGAGAGAAGCGUGUGCCGCUUAAAAACCCACUGGUCACGCAAACGGUGGAGGUGAUGAAACAAACCGAAAUGAUACAAACUCUCAUCGACACUUACUCGACCAAGUCGGGAUGUAACUACAUCCUGAACCCGUGCCAACUAAUGCCGACCGUUCACUUUCCCUCCAGCAAUGUGGUUGAUCUGACGCGGAUGGAGAAAAUAACGCGCCCAUUCUGGUUCGUGCUACCGGACGAAACGCCCUUUACGCGCGGUACCUGCAAGAACUUUGUCAAACUGUCGAAACCGGUCGUGCUGCAGGCACUCCGAAAGGCGGCGUGUGGUUUGCUUUGCAUGGAAGGUUUCUCGGAGAUUAAUGAAUCCGCAUUGAUUAUGAUUGUCGAUGGUUUGGAUCAAUAUUUGCGGCUGCUAACGUCCGCACUACGUACGGCCUAUACGGAACAGGAUGAGGAGAUUGGACCAGUACCAACGCUCGUGAUGGUGGAACGGAUGCAUCAAAGUAUUGGACGUAGCUCGAUGUACCAUCUGCACAAUUACUACAAAAAGUUGAUGAACAAAAACCGUGACGAAGUACGGGAGUUUAAGGAUAUCUACCAGGAGUACGAUCGGUUGCUGCAAGAGAAUCAGCUGUCGGUGCAGAAUAUGCAGAAGUUGGGCGAUCUGAAGGAGGAAGAUUACAUGAACUUUCUCGAUCAGCAGUCUCACUCGUCGAACGGUACGACGAUAGACGGUACGGCGAUGAACAUUAUUAACUUUAUCAAUGGAGAAACGGUGAACGGAUUCAAAGACAUUUUAGAGGGUGAACUAUUGGAAAGCAGCAGUACACAGGAUUCGUCCGAUCAAAUGAAUAAUCAGCAAUUUUACCAGGCGGAUUCAUCCUCGCAAGGGUUUGCACCGUCCGGGCCUAUGUAG